AUGAUGCGCUGGUUCAAAUUGCCGUCUUCUUUGUUCAAACGUGGUAGUAAAUUCUCCCAAAAAAUAGACCAUUGCUCUGCUACUCUCGCUGUCAAAUCAGCGAGCAAAUGUGAAAGCUCACCACUAUUCGGUACGACGGAUAGGUAUUACAUUGCGAGCACGAGGGAGAUGUUCAAAGACGGACGAUAUGAAGCCAUAAGACAGCUUGGCGGAGGCCGAUACUCUCAGGUUUGGCUGGCGAAAGAUCUUCAAGAGAACAGAUCCGUGGCGCUCAAACUUUUGACCAAUGAUUGCUAUGGGACAGACCAUGACAUCUUUGAAGUUGAGAUACUUCGCAAAGUAACCAAUGAACAUGCUCGACUCACUGGCGCUAGCAGAAGUCGGUGCAUCACCCUGCUGGAUACGUUCCAAAUCAAAGGUCCAAAUGGAAUGCACGAGUGCAUCGUCAUGCCUAUCGUCGGAAGCAGUAUCAUGGACCAGGCGAUGAGAUUCGCUGAUAAGCGCAUUCCGGUGUCUAUUAUGAAAACGGUGACCAGGCAGCUUCUCCAGGGGUUGUCCUUCUUGCAUGACACAUGUAGAGUCAUCCAUACUGAUCUUCAUCCUUCGAAUAUUUGCUUGGAGAUCGACGAAGACCUUGUUCAGAAGGUGUUAGAAGGACAAUCUAUCAGCAAUGUCACCCCGACCAUGACGGAAGAGCAGCCCGGAAACAUUAAGAUCAUAGACUUUAGCGUCGCGGGGUACCUGGACUUCGAGGAUGAUCAUCUUGCGCAAUACAUGGAGGUACUCGGUGCGAUGCCUCCAAGACUUCUUGAAAGUGCUGCGAGGACUGCGGAGUUCUUUGACGACAAAGGCAACCUCCUCAGGAUCCCGUCCCUUCAGCAGACCAACCUAAGGAGAUUCCUUGAUGGGAAAGAGGGUCCCCUAAAGCGACCUAAAAAUAUGACUAGCGAGGACAUUUCGGCUUUUGUUGACUUCUUGCAAGGCGCUUUGGCACUCGAUCCACACGAUCGCAAGACUGCCAAAGAGCUCCUGCGGCAUGAAUGGCUUCAUCAGAACGCGUGA